GAGAUCACCCUCAAUUACUACAUGUUGUAACCUUGCUGCACGUGUGUUGUCCAAUCUCACUGCAUAUUGUACACAAACAUCAACAAAAAUGGCAAAUCUUAACGAUGCACAGAUGAAACUAGUUGCUGAUCUCGAAAUUGAAAUGAUGGCUGACAUGUAUAACAGGAUGACGAACGCGUGUCAGAAGAAAUGCAUUCCCGCCAAGUACCGAGAUCCUGACUUGACGAAAGGAGAAGCCGUGUGUAUCGACAGAUGCGUCGCGAAGUAUCUGGAAAUCCACGACCGAAUUGGCAAGAAAUUGACGUCCUUGUCACAGCAAGAUGAGGCCACGAUGAAGAAACUUCAAUCACAAAUGCAAAAUCAAUCCUAGCAACGAAAUAGACAUGAAAUAGACAUUGUCCAUGGUGUAUAUAUGAGUUUCAUGUGAUGCAUGUACGUGUGGUGAUGUGUGUAGCCAGAUGUUGGUUUUCAUCAGAGAGAUAGAUGUUGUUAGUAAAAAGAGAAGCUGUCAAUCAAAUGUCAUACAUCAUGCUACAUUUCCUGUGUAUAUUUCACACUCCCCCUUCUCCAAAUUAAAGCUGUGCAUUUAUUGCUGACACAGCAAUUUUUCUUGAAACAAUGGGGAAUGCAGGUGCGUGAAACACACAAGAAAUUACAGUAUUUGAGAUGAGUGAUUUACAGUUGGAAGUAGAAAUUGACACUGACAACAUAUGGGGAUGUAGGGGCAUAGAACCACAUCCUGAAAUGAUAUACAUGUAAAAAUGUUGUCAUGGCUACGCAGGAUCGUUGAUGAUUGAAUGCAUUUGAAUAGAAUACAUUUUAUGUGAAAAGUAGAAGUGUGACAUUUAUGUCAAUCAAACAUGUCUUGCUGUUGUGGCAAAUCACAGAGGGUCAGAAUGUGGUGGUCACAUAUGAAACCGAUGUUGAUAGAUGCAUGUGAAGUCAAGUAGUAUACUGUAGCAUCACACCGUCGUCCUGUCACUCAGUGUGUGGUUGGAGAACGGCAUUGAUCAUUACUUAGAACUUAGUCAGAGUAUUUAUGAAAAGAAGAAAACUUAUCCUGGUAUAAUUGUUAGUGUCCCUAUCACAUUACAUGUUUUGAAAUAAACAUCAUAUACAGUU